CUUGGGUAAACAAGUCGGCCAUGUUUAAGUCCAUCACGUGUAUAAAAAUUUGAUUUUAAAAAUGAAUGAAAAACAUAUUGCGGAAUAUUUAAUGGAAGAAUUGAUGAACAAUAAAAACACAAGUAUAAAAACAAAAGCUAUUAAAAUAAUUGAAUCAGGUAAAUUAAAAAACAGAGAUAUUAUUAUUAAUUUAAAUAUAUCGGUAUGGAAAUCAUUGAUUGAUAACGACGAUAAAGUAUUAAAUAAAAGUAAAAAUAUAUUGGAUUAUUAUCUAAAGAAACGAGGAAUAAAUAUUUCUGAUUUAUCAGACCAGUUUACUGAGGCAUUGAAAUGUAUUGGAGAUAAAAAAUGGAGAGUUGCAAUAGAUAAUUUAACGCUGGGUAAUGGUGAAGUUUUUGUUACGUUAAAUAAAAAUUGUUUGAUAAAUAAUGUAAUAAGAGAUGCUAUUAAAUUGAAGGGAUUGUAUGGAAAGAGGAGUGAUGGUGGUAAAAUUUAUUUGGAGAUAAAUGAAGAUUUCGAGUCAAGCUUGACCACAACGCGUUUGAAUCUUUUGAAAAACAUCUGCGGAAAUGUUUUGAAAACUCUCGGAUUUGAAACUGAUGACAAGGCGGAGCGUAAGUUAUUCUUGACAACGAAAUCCCAAGGAGAUAUUGGAGAUGGGUUUGAAAGAUGUCUUUGUGGAGUCGUCAAGAAUCCUCGUACUAAUGCCAAAGAAACUGGGCUGAGUUAUUCCGAGUAUUUGGAGCAAAAAGUUCAGCUUAUCAAGGAAGCCAAUGAUUCGAGGCCUGUUGAUGACAUUGGAGAUCAACAGUUGAAAGUUAUUGCUGAAGCUGUAAUAACUUUUGAGUUCAUGAGUGUUAAACCAAGUCAUCCUUGUUUUAUAAAAGUUGAUUCUGAUGCUGAUAAAGCUGGUACUUGUAAUCGUGGGGGCACCUUCGUUUUGUAUAAUUUAGCGAGGAUCACUAAAAUACUGGAUAAAUUUCAGCAUGAAAUAGACUCAGGAAAAUAUCCAGAGUUGUGGGAUAUCGAUAAAGUUGAUUUACAUUUAUUAGAUUCAGAGGAAGAAUGGAAUCUUAUUUAUAAUUAUAUUUACGAUUAUCCAUUUAUACUAACGCGAGUUGUUGAAAUCGAAGCUAAUGGGCAUUGUAAAAUCCAUCCGCAGAUUCUUUGUUCAUUUCUAUUAAAUCUAAGCCAAAAAUUCAGCAACUAUUACCGAAGAUAUAGAAUUUUAACGGACGGACGUUCGCAACUGCUAAAAGAAAUGAUGAGACGUAUAUACUUAUUGAAGGCACUCAAGAUUGUUUUUAACAACGCUCUCGAUAUUUUAAACGUAACUCCUAUAUCUCGGAUGUAAUUAAGAGCAUUCUCAGACAGUGCCCGCCACUUUUUAAAAUAUUCAAUGACUUUCAAAUGUAGUGACCGUAUUAAAAUUUUGGUAAUUAGUUAAAAAAAAAAUUGAAGCAUUAAUUGAAAGAAGGGCAACACAGUCACAAUGUCGCCAAGACAUAGAUUUAAAAAAAAAAUUAUUUACAGUUGAUAUUAAGUAGGAGUUGAAUGAAAUUCGGAAAAUAAAUUUCAGUAAAAUUUAUAAUUAGAAUUUUCAAAAUUUGUAGGCUAAAAUUUAUUUAAGAACGGUUAUCAGAUAAUUUUUUCCAAGCUUCUCUCUGAAAUAAAAGCCCUAAACGCAAAAUAAAGACACAGACCCGAUGCUUUACUCCAUGAACUAGCGAAGCGCAUUUUAAUUUUUUGAUUUCUAUUUGUUGACGAAAAAAACUUGGACAAAGUUCCCAUUUACUGUACAAGUGCAACAAAGAUAGUACCGUUCAUCCAUUUGAGUGCGUAACCCCUAAUAGAUAUCGACCGUAAGUAAUGUUUUUUUUAAAUCUAUAUCUCAAUGAAAUUGCAACUACGUUGCCCUUUUUUCAAUUGACGCUUUCAUUUUUUUUAAACUAAUUGAUAAAGUUUUGAUACGCUUAUGACAGUUAAUUCAUUGAAAAUUUUUAAAAAGUGGGGGUAUUGUCUAAGAAUAGCCUUGUAUA